AUGUCGGCUCGAUUGAUGAAGAGGAUUUUGAACGAGCAACAACACCACUUUCCUCAUCAACUCAUCGAAGAACAAGAAGAAGAAAAUGAAGAAGAAGAAUGCUCCACUGCACCUUCCACAAUUAACCCCUUCGAUCUUCUCAACGACAACGAUUCUGAACACGAACAACAGGGAGAUGAGUCUGCCGAUGAAACAUCGGUGAGAGAAGAUGAUAAGGUGGGGACAUCCUCGUUGAAAGAUUCUACUCAAGUUUCAACAUCGAAUGCAAAAUCAAAGAAAAAGAAGAACAAGAAGAAGAAAAGCAAGGACAAUGCUGUUUCCGGUAAAAGGGGAAGUGAAAAAGAAUUAGACUUGAUUUUAGAAGAUUUAGCUCUGAAUGCAAACUCUUCCAAUGAGCAACAUGUGUUGACUGAAGGAAAAGCGGUGAAUGCUAAGGACAAAAGUAAAUCUGUUAAGCAGGAUGCUGUCUCCAUAUUACAGGUCGAUCCUAAACAUUUGAGUGCUGAAAAUGAGCUGAUAAGAAUAUUUGGAUCUAAGGUUGUGAAAUCCUUUGAGAAUACCAACAAUCAACCAAGCAGUUCUAGGCAGAUGAGAGGGGUGAGGCGAGUACGCCAUAAUCUUAAGAAGACUGUUCUUGUCACUCCAGCAAACACUUGGCUCCCAUGUGAUGAUUCUUUGUCCAUGCAAUUUCUUGAAAUAAAGAACGGAUAUAACUACUUUAGAUAUGUUCACUCGCCGUCCUAUUCCCAUUAUCAGAAAUCGUUUGAAGCUGCCAAAGCAAUUAACGACAUAAAUGGUAUAGCGAGCAUAUUACAACACCGGCCCUAUCAUAUAGAUUCACUUCUAACAAUGGCAGAAUAUUUCAAGGUAGUUGGAGAACAACAGAUGUCUGCAGAUACUAUUGCCAGGUGUCUAUACGCCCUUGAAUGUGCAUGGCAUCCCAUGUUCACACCACUGCAGGGUAAUUGCCAAUUGAAGUACAAACACGAUGCAAACAAACCUAUAUUUACAGCUCUUUUCACCCACAUGAAAAACUUGGAUCGACGCGGCUGUCAUAGAUCGGCUCUAGAGGUCUGCAAAUUGUUGCUUUCACUAGAUUCUGAUGAUCCCAUGGGGGCUAUUUUUUGCAUUGAUUACUUUGCUCUAAGGUCUGACGAGUAUGCAUGGUUGGAAAAGUUUUCGGAAGCUUAUAAAAGUGACACCUCCAUAUGGUUGCUUCCAAAUUUCUCUUUUUCCCUUGCCAUUUGUCGGUUUUACCUUGAGCGUGAGGCAUCCGAAGAUGCUUGUGUUGAUUCUAAAAAGUCUUCUUCAUCUGAUCUUAUGACACAAGCAUUGAUGCUUCAUCCUUCAGUUAUAAAGAAGCUAGUAACAAAAGUACCGUUGAAAGAUCGUACGUGGACAGAGAUUCUCAAGCAUGCCUUUUUCAAAUCAGAGCAAACAGGAAUUCCAUCUCAAGAUCACUUGAUUAAUAUAUACGUUGAGAGAAAUUAUCUUAUUUGGAGGCUUCCUGAUCUGCAAAGACUUCUAAUUGGUGCUGCAAAACAAGUCGUUGAAACCCUGGAAAGUAAUAAAAGUGAAGUUAAUGAUUGGUCUUGUGUCAGAAAAGAAGCAUUUUCAUCUGAGAAAAAUGAGUAUGGACAUUUGUUAGUGUCCGAUUUCUCUGAUUCAGUAGCAGCAAUUCCACAAGAAAAUCUGCAACAAUUUAUGCUGGAUGGAAAUCAAAUUGCUAUUCAGCAGGGCAAUGUCCAUGCUCCUCGUGGUGUUGCAAAUAGAAACGCAUUAGCCGUCUAUUUUGAAUCAAUGCUUCCGUGGGUUAAUUACGAGGAGGGUGGACCUGAUGGUAAUCAACCUGGUGAUGAUGAGCAAGACAAUUGGUGA